CUUGGCCCAUCCACAAACGGGUGUGCGAGAUUUCUGUUAUUGUUGAUUUCCCGGAACCAGGAGAGACAGACGGGCCUCAAUAGCCGGGCGGUGCACAGUUGCUAAGUGACUGGGCAAACAACACUGCGGCUGGAGCACAGAGAGGAGAGACUGAACCAAUAGGGCCUUGAGCUGCCAGGGGCCCAUCUAUAUCAUCUCGUUAAGCCUGGAGGGUAAUAAGGAUCCGACUUCCAGGAAAUGACAGCGUGGCUUGUUGUUAUGACAACAGCAACAACAAAACCAUCUUCCCCAUAAACCACUUAGGCAGCGAAUCCACCCAGUGUUCUCUGAGGAGCUGGCUUCUAACAGCUCCCUGGGAGAGGAAGAAGGAGAACAUGAGGCCUGAGGAGCUGCCGGAAGGCCAGGCCCGGCCUCGUGGUCAGGUGCUGCAGAAGGGGGAAGGUGCCCAGAGCACGGAGGACAACACAAAGGAGGCAGGAGGGGAGGAGUCUACUGAAGAAGGCCCUCCUCUCAGAGAAACAGAACCUCGAACAGACACCAAGGAUUGGAGGCUACCAACCCCCCUGGGACCUGUUUAUCCACCACCAGUCUCAAGUGUGAGCACCAAAGCUGGGGGACGAAGCUGGGAACUGUCUCCUCCCAUUGCAAAGAGCUCCCGGAUACACAACGGCCCUUUCUGGAACUUCCUGGACAUGAAAGCGGAGAAGAGACUGACCUGCCGGAAGGAGCGUCGCAGUCGCUAUGGAGACAUCAACGUGCACAGACGAUAUCAGCUGGGGCAGGUCUUCACCCCUUUCCAGGCCCUCGCCACCACGGAGAUGCAAAGGCUGGUAUGUCCCCGGGUCCUGCCCAUGAUUCCGCACAUGCGCAAAAUGGGAAUUUUGUGCACCAAUGAAAGGAACCUCCAAGAUUUAUCCUUGUCUUCCACAGAGCUGGGCUUGGGAAAGGAUGACAACAACCAUGAGAAAGAGAAAUCAGCAAGUCUUAUUAAAACGCCUUUAUUUCCUCCAAUAGAUAAAGCAACAAAGUAUAAUAACAUGAAAUAAUAAAAAUUAUGAAACUAUGUUCUG